CGCAAGAUGAAACAGAUCACGGAAAAGUAUUAGCGAAUGGUCAUGCCAUUAUGCCAAAGGGGACGUUGGUCCGCCAAGACGAUAUUAGUGAAAUUGAUGUCGAUGUGCUACAGUUCGUCAACGGAGAUGCGGAGGAUGAACCGGAAGAUGAGACACACAGUCCCAAGGUCGAAAUGGCCGAAGUGGAGAAACUGCUACAAGACUGUAGUGUUGAACAGAAAUCUGCAGAGGAGAAACAAGAUCACAAGCGAGAAGGCAUGUCGUCCGGCGAUGAGGAUGAAGACUUCGUCAGACCGCAACGAAUGCGAAGAUGUUCAUCACUGAAAACGGGCAAGACACCACCAGGUACCCCUGGCCGGAAAAAGUUUGUUCGAUUUGCAGACGUACUCGGACUUGAUCUGGCUGAUGUAAAAACAUUUGUUGAUGGAGUUCCUAAAGUGCCGAAAUCGGCCUACGAGGAUCUGGACUUUUGCCUAGAGCCUCCUGUAGUUCAACAGAUCAGUUUGGGACCGAAAGCCGAUCGAGUAUUGGUGCCGCUCUUCCAGCAACCGGGUGCCCUACCUUGCUUCCUAGACAAGGUUCGCGAGAAACAAGUUAACCUGGAAAAUGCGGCCGUGACUGAUCCAGUUACUCUCACCAUCACCGGAACCGUUCGUGUCCGAAACCUAGAUUUAAACAAGUCAGUCUAUGUGCGGUACAGCACAGAUAGCUGGCGCAGCUUCUCGGACCUCCAGGCCAGUUACGUGGAAAACUCCUGCGACGGUUUCUCCGAUAAGUUUGCCUUCACCAUCUACGGAAACUCGGUUCAGAUAGGGCAGCGUAUUGAAAUGGCGAUACGCUUCCAUUGUCGGGGCCAACAGUACUGGGACAAUAACUACGACAUGAAUUACGUUUUCCAAUGCUUGUCAAUCACCCAACCGAAUCAGAUCGCGCAGAUUGCGGUCAAACCGGCCAACAUAGACGCCCAUAUCAGUCCAGACGAAACUUGGUGCAAAAGCUUCUACUGAAUGGGUCCCUCUAUAAUCCGCUGCCCCCAAAAACACCAAAACCCUCCGACUACAACUGAAACUUAUACAAUAACAAGAACAGCAGCAAGCAGUAGGAAAACGAUACAAUAUUGCAUGAUUGUGAUCGCAAAAACCGGUCCGAUUACAUGUGAAAUUAACUAAAAAGCUUCACAAUUCAUUUCAAUCGGACGCAAAAAUUUUAACAUGUGUAGUAUUAUCAUUGGUUUUUAAACAAAUCCCAUCAGGGGUUUUUAACUCUUUUUAUCCAAAACGCCUUCAUGAUAAAGAUCCCGCGUUGAAAAAUAGUGGACAUAAAAAUCCAUUGCAAUUAGAGCUUCACUGAAAAAGUAUGGUUAUUGUAUGUAACCAAGAACUUAAAAAGUUCCCAACUAUCUUGAGAUUAGAACAUCAUUUUUUAAUUUAGAUAUCAAAUUUUAAAAAGUAAACUAGAUCUGACGGCACGUGUAGUUUGCCGCGAGGACAACAGUUCCCAAUUGAAAUUAUGCGAACUGCAAAUUGUGUAAUUAGCAAUGAUCGUUUAUUCAAAGAGUUGAUAAUCAUGACCUAUUAGCUUAGAUUUGUAAACCAAUUGUUAAGCUAAUCAAAAAAAAAACACACUAAUACUUCAGAUUAGAGUUGUAUGCGUGUUGAAAACCAGUCUAUAUUCAUUAACAAAAGCAGAAACUAGCAUACGUUGAAAGGCAUAACGAAUUGAAGAUGAACUAUGGACAUUGUUGUGUUUCUAGAAAUAUUUAUAUCAAAACCAUCAAGAAACGUUAUUGCAUGCUCUCGAAAGACUAGUGCGUGAAAUUGUUUGUUCAUUUUAUGAUUUUUAUGCGACGGCAACUAGACAGACAACAAUUAUGUAUAGAACGAACGAGAAUAGCAGACAAAUGAUUGAGAAACUAGCUACAAGGAAGCAG